GGUAACAGGAGCUGGCUGCUCAGUGCUCAGUGCAGCAUCCUGAGCUCUAACCGAGUAUACCGAGCGGGUACCGAGUAUACAGACAGCGGGUACCGGGUAUACAGACAGCGGGUACCGAGUAUACCGAGCGGGUACCGAGUAUACAGACAGCGGGUACCGGGUAUACAGACAGCGGGUACCGAGUAUACCGAGCGGGUACCGAGUAUACAGACAGCGGGUACCGGGGAUACCGAGCGGGUACCGAGUAUACAGAGCGGGUACCGGGAAUACAGAGCGGGUACCGAGUAUACAGACAGCGGGUACCGGAGAUAGGUAUUCCUCUUUGCCGUAGUGAUCCUAUUACCGGCCAGCCGGCGGACACUGCAUCCCGCCUCCUGCUCUCCCAUGCCUCCCCCGGGCUCUCCCGGUCCUGUCUCCGGUUACUUUCUCCUCCUGAUCCUCCCGGCGGUGCUCAGUGCCGAACUCCCCGGGGAACCGUGCCGAACCGAACCAUGUGCCAGCAGCGGGAGCCAGUUUGUUGUAGACCCCUGUGGAGAAAGCCCUUGUAACCACGGAAACUGCAUUGUCCAUGGGGACAGUUAUCUCUGCAUCUGCAAUGAUGGGUUCACUGGAGUUCACUGCAGCAUUGCACCACUCAACUCUACAAAGGGCCCAACUGUGGGACAACCAGAACCUGACCAACCUACCACAGUGCCUCAUUCCCAACCAUCAUUGCUAUUGCCAAGAUGGAGGCCCAGGGCAGGACAAAAGUUGACCACCUUCGCAUGGGACAAAGUUCAGGUUCUGCCUGAUGUUGCGUGUGGAAACGCAAGCUCCAACACUUCCAAUGGAGGGCGAUUGGUAUCAUUUGAAGUUGCAGAGAACACAUCUAUGAAAAUAUUAAAAGAUGCCACUGCUUCUCUAAUACUACUGUGGAAAGUGACAUCGGGCAGCUUCAACCAGUGCUCCUUGAUUGAUGGCAGAAGUGUUACCUUACUGCAGGCACCUGGUGGCCUGGUGCUCUCAGAAGAAGUGCUGGCUCUUGGGAAUAAUUACUUCAUUGGUUUUGUGAACGAUUCUGUGAGUAAAAGCAUUGUGGCUUUACGUCUUGCUGUGUUGGUAAAAAUCUCUGACUGUGUUUCCGAGGGAAGUCAAGUGAAAGCUCCUGAGUGUUCUGGGAAAGGAAGUUGCAUUACCAAAAAGACAGAGAACACAUAUUCCUGUCACUGUGAUACUGGCUACACUGGAGUUUACUGUGAAGAGUUUGACGCUUGCCACAAUCACCCAUGCCACAAUAAUGCCACAUGCAGUGACGUCAUUCAGAGACAUAACGGGAAAAAUGCAACCUGUACUUGCUUGCCAGGAUAUACUGGAGAUCUGUGUGAGUCUCUGUUGGAUCACUGCUCCCCACAGCCCUGCAGGAAUGGGGCUACCUGUGUCACCAGUCUCAAUGGAUUCAGCUGCCAGUGUCCAGAAGGAUUCCUAGGUUCGUUCUGUGAAGAGAAAAUUGAUCCAUGCUCCAGUUCCCCCUGCCUUAAUAAUGGUAGCUGUUCUUCCUCUGGGCUCUCAUACUCCUGCCGAUGCAGUCCAGGUUACACAGGACAAACGUGUGCUCAGCUGGUGGACUUCUGUGCCCUCAGCCCAUGUGCUCACGGAAUUUGCCGUAGCGUUGGAACCAGCUACAAAUGUCUGUGCAUCCCAGGUUACCAUGGGCUGUACUGUGAGGAGGAGUACAACGAGUGUCUGUCUGCCCCAUGUCAGAACGGCGCUUCCUGUACAGACCUUGUCAAUGGGUACCGCUGCGUUUGUCCCCCAGAGUAUGAAGGUCAUCACUGUGAAUUGUACAAGGACCCCUGUGUGAAUGUCACCUGCCAGAACGGAGGUACAUGUGACAGUGAAGGGCUGAAUGCUACUUGCACUUGUGUUUCUGGAUUUAUGGGGGAGGAGUGUGACAUUGAUAUUAAUGAGUGUGAGAGCAACCCUUGUCACCACUCAGGCACUUGUGUGGACCAGCCUAAUGGAUAUACCUGUCACUGUCCACAUGGCUGGGUGGGAGCCAAUUGUGAGAUUCAUCUACAGUGGAAAGCUGGGCACAUGGCAGAGAGUUUGACUAAUAUGCCUCGACACUCACUCUACAUUAUUAUUGGUGCGCUCUGCGUGGCCUUUGUACUCAUGCUGAUCAUUCUUAUUGUUGGGAUAUGCCGAAUCAGCCGCAUUGAGUACCAGGGGUCCUCUCGGCCAGCCUACGAAGAGUUCUACAACUGCCGUAGUAUUGACAGUGAAUUCAGCAGCGCAAUUGCAUCAAUUCGACAUGCAAGAUUUGGGAAGAAGUCUCGUCCUGCCAUGUAUGAUGCAACUCCCGUAACUUAUGAGGAUUAUAGCCCAGAUGACAAGCCUCUUGUUACACUGAUCAAGACAAAGGACUUGUAGUGUGUCCCCUCCACUCAUUAUUUAGAUUUCAUAAAAGAGGGGGAAUUGUCUUUUAAAUGGAUGAUUUACUAAACUGACUAAUUAUUU